GACGUUGACGCCACGCGACUCCUCCCACCCACGUUCUAGCGACGCGUCUAGCGACCGCUGAAAGCCACCCCAAACCUUUUGGGGCUGGGUGAGGGUGGUUUGUAUUGCCCCAUGUUUAGCUUGCAGCUCUCGCUACUGCAGAUGUUCUUGAUGGUCCCCGAGAGGGUCCUCUCUCAGCCCUCUCCGUCUCCGUCUAGGGCAAUGCCCACCCAUUCGUACCUGGGGCCAAGGACGCAGGGCGGGACCCUUCAAUCCUCGGAGGUGCCUGGGAUAUCUACGGUGGGUCCUACUGUCGUAACCUCCUCGACACCGGAGAAUAAGACCGUGAGCCUCUUCCCAGUCCUACCGAUCUGUGUCUGUGACUUGACUCCCGGUGCCUGCGAUAUAAAUUGCUGCUGCGACGGUGACUGCUAUCUUCUCCAUCCGAGGACAGUUUUCUCCUUCUGCCUUCCAGGCAGCGUGAGGUCUUCAAGUUGGGUGUGCGUAGACAACUCUCUUAUCUUCAGGAGUAAUUCCCCAUUUCCUUCAAGAGUUUUCAUGGAUUCAAAUGGAAUCAAGCAGUUUUGUGUCCAUGUGAACAAUUCAAGAUUAAACUAUCUCCAGAAGCUCCAAAAGGUCAAUGCAACCAACUUCCAGGCCCUGGCUACAGAGUUUGGAGGUGAAUCAUUCACUUCAACAUCCCAAACCCAAUCACCAUCACCUUUCUACAGGGCUGGUGACCCCAUUCUGACUUACUUCCCCAAGUGGUCUGUAAUAAGCUUGCUGAAGCAGCCUGUAGGAGUCGGAGCUGGGGGGCUCUGUGCUAAGAGCAAUCCUGCAGGUUUCCUGGAGAGUAAAAGUACAACCUGUGCUCGUUUCUUCAAGAAUCUGGCAGAUAGUUGUACCUCGGAUCCUGCCCUCAAUGCUGCCUCUUACUAUAAUUUCACAGUCUUGAAGGUUCCAAGAGGUAUGAGUGAUCUGCAGAACAUGGAGUUCCAGGUGCCUGUAACACCUGUCUCACAGGCUGGCUCUCCUGUGUUGGCUGGAAACACUUGUCAGAAUGUUGUUUCCCAGGUCAUCUAUGAGAUAGAAACCAAUGGGACUUUUGGAAUCCAGAAAGUGUCCGUCAGUUUUGGACAAACGAACCUGACUGUUGAGCCAGGCACUUCAUUACAGCAAGAUUUCAUCAUUCACUUCAGGGCUUUCCAACAGAGCACAGCUGCUUCUCUUACCGGGUCUAGAAGUGGGAAUCCUGGCUAUAUUGUCGGAAAGCCACUCCUGGUUCUAAGUGGUGAUAUAAGACACUCAAUGACCCUCUUACAGAGCCAGGGUGAUGGAACUUGCGCUAUUAAGAGACAUGAAGUACAAUUUGGAGUGAAUGCAAUAUCUGGAUGCAAGCUCAGGCUGAAAAGGGUGGACUGCAGCCACUUGCAGCAGGAGAUUUAUCAGACUCUUCAUGGAAGUCCCAGACCAGAGCACAUUGCCAUCUUUGGAAAUGCUGACCCAGCCCAGAAGGGAGAGUGGACCGGGAUCCUCAGCAGGAACUACAGUGUUUCAGCAAUGCACUGUACUUCCUGCUGUGUCAUACCAGUUUCCCUGGAGAUCCAGAUUCUGUGGGCAUAUAUAGGCCUCCAAUCCAACCCACAAGCUCAUGUGUCAGGAGCCCGAUUUCUAUACCAAUUCCAGUCCAUACAGGAUUCCCCGCCCGAAACAGAAGUACCUUUGACAACUGUGGUGACUUUUGUGGACAUUACCCAGAAGCCAGAGCCUCCAAGAGGCCAACCCAGAAUUGACUGGAAAUAUCCAUUUGACUUCUUUUUUCCCUUCAAAAUGGCAUUUAGCAGAGGAGUAGACUCUCAAAAAGGCUCCAUCUUUCCCAUUCUUAUCCUGUGUCUCUUACUGCUUGGAGUUCUCAACCUAGAGACUAAGUGAAGAAAGGAGAAGAAUCAGAUUUCACUUUUCCCCAUGGGAAGUUCUGAGGCAGCCUGCUUAUUUUGGCUAAACAGAUCCUCACCUGCUCAUGACCAGAGGACAGCAUUUAGGAAAACAGAGGACCUAUCUGAAGGAGUGGAAUCGCUAGGCCAUAUGGCAACUUUAUGUUUAAUUUACUGAGAAACUGCCACACUACUUUCCAGAGUGGCUGUGCCACCAGCAGUAUAUGAGGGUUCCAACUUCUCCACAUCCUUUCGCUAUUGUUUUUAUUUUAGCCAUCCUAAUGGGUGUAAAAUGGUCUCAUUGUGAUCUACCAUACCUUUUUAAACUACAGUAUAUGAGAUCUGUCGACUAAAAAAAGAUGUACAACUUGA